AUGGCUUCCACGCCCAUGGACCUCGAUCUGCCCGCCAGCUCAAACGGCUCUCCCUCCCUCAGCAUCUCGAGGAACCUGGCGGCCAGCGCGCCCGUGUCCAACCUCAGCGACGUCGUGUCCAGCUUCCGCCCGACAAAGCUUUUACGUCGCGAAGAUGUCAAAGAUGGACGGCCUCAGCCUCGGGUGCUCUCAAUCGACUACGACGACGACGGCGAGCUGCUCAUGACCUCUGCCAGCGACGAGACAAUCCAGAUCUACAACGUCCGAGAGGGGCGCCACGACAAGAGCCUGCUCAGCAAGAAAUACGGCGUCAAGCUGGCAAGGUUUACACAUACGAGGUCCAGUAUAAUAUACGCCAGUACCAAGCAGAACCACGCCAUCCGAUACCUCGCUACUCACGACAACUCCUUCAUCCGCUACUUUGAAGGCCACGAUGCCGCAGUCACGGCACUUGCCGUACAUCCUGGAAGCGACAAUUUCAUAUCCUGUUCACAAGACAACACCGUCCGGCUCUGGGAUACGCAGACGAAACAUUGGCAGGGCCAGCUCUUCCUCCGAUCGCCGCACCUUGCGGCCUAUGAUCCUUCCGGCACGGUCUUUGCUGUUGCCUGUCCCAGCAGCGGCUCUGUCCUAAUGUACGAUGUCAGGAACUACGACAAGGCCCCGUUUGCCACCAUUGAUAUCGUGGAGCAAUGCCGCGGAGUCGAUUCUCAGUGCCUUGUCAAGGGGUGGACCAAGCUCGAGUUUUCCAAUGACGGCAAAACGAUCCUUGUGGGAACAAAAGGUCGAGGGCACUUCCUCCUCGACGCUUUCCAGGGCAAUCUGAAGGCCCAUCUUCGACGGCCCGCGGGUGGCACGCGUCGGCUUGCUCCGGGCGAGAACCUUGCCGCAAACGGCGCCGCCCCGGCUCCAACCGACCCCGGAGCAUUCGAAAGCAGCGGCGACUGCUGUUUUGCACCGGAUGGACGAUAUGUGCUCAGUGGUGGAGCGAGACAGGACGUGCUGGUCUGGGAUACACUGAAGCAGCCGGCAGAGAACAAGGUGUUGGACCCGACGUGGACGCUGCCUGAUAAGAGAGAGGCGGCGGUGCUCGCCUUCAACCCGCGCUUCAACUUUUUCGCGACUGCGGACCAAGAUUUGGUUCUUUGGCUACCAGACCCUCAUGCAUAG